AUGGCUAUCCUUUUUCUUCUUCUUCUCCAACUUCCCCUUUCCGUUGUCGUUGCUCAAACCAACGGCAAAAUAAAUGUUCCAACUUCUCUGACUGCAGGAAGCAAUAAUAAUUUAUGGCUUUCACCUUCUAAAGAUUUUGCAUUUGGAUUCCACCAGCUUGACAAUGAUGCCUUCAUACUUGCCAUUUGGUAUUACAAACUAUCCCGCCAAUUCACCCCAGUUUGGUAUCCAAAUGCAAAUAAAGGUAAACCAGUUCCAAGGAAUUCCAAACUGGAGCUAACUCCUGACAGUGCUCUCGUGCUAAAAAACGGUGCUGAAACAUUAUGGAACUCUGGAAAAACGAGUUCUGCUGAUGUAAACUAUGCUGUGAUGAAUGAUACAGGCAACUUUAUGCUGUUGGAUAUUUUUUCUAGACCCAUAUGGGAGAGCUUCAACUAUCCCACUGAUACGCUGUUGCCUUCUCAGAUCAUGAAGUUAGGUGGUUCUCUUUCUGCCAGAACAAGUGACACCGACUUCGCACCGAGAAGAUUCCAGUUUCGUUUGGAUCUUGAUGGUAUUGCUAGGCUUAUUGCCAUAAAUUUGCCUGGUAACUUUUCUUAUUACGAUUACUCUUCCACUGGCGAUACAUCGGAUCCUGGUGACGAAGUAGUGUUUGAUUCGUCAGGCUUGUAUGUAUUGACAAGAAAUGAAAGCAAAUCUUUAUUAUGA